GUCCAUCCGUGUAUAAAUAUUACAAUAUCUGGGGAAACAAGCACUGUCAUCCACCAACUGUUGUUACCGGUGUUGAGUGAGCUUGCCAUGAAUGUUGCGAUUCUUCCCCGCUAGCUCGCCACUCCGUAAGUUUUAGUGCAUAAUUAUGAUCAUGCCGUAGCUGCGAUGGAAAACGCGCCAUCCUGUGCAAGCUUGGUUAAAUUGGGUUCAGUUGGUCUGGUUUGCACUACGUUGAGUUUUAAGCUGGGGGAAAUUGGCUGGUAGUAUACUUUAAUUGAACACGCUAAUGCUGUCUGGUUUGUCGGUAAGCCAGACGUUCUUCGAGCACGAACGCUAGAAUGGCGACAGACGCGGAGCAAUUGAAAACGGACCAAGCGGAUGAUGGCAGCGCGAGCAGGCAGCAGUCAAAUGAUGGAGAGACGCUGACCAUCAUGUCUUGGAACAUCAAUUGCUUGGCCCCGACCGUACGUGACAUGGAGCUGCGCCACAAGAGCUUCCGGGGCUUCCUGGACCACUUCGGGGUCGACAUCGCCUGCUUCCAGGAGGUGAAGCUGCCCGCUGCCAAAAUGACCCGGGAGCUGACCUGCGUGGAGGGGUUCCAGUCCUUCUGGGCUACCUCCAAGGGCAAGACCGGUUACAGCGGGGUCACCACCUGGUGCCGUACACCCAUCGCAGCGCCGUACGACGCGGCGGCGGACUGCCUGGGGGGCGAGGAGCAGCCGGAGCUGGAUAACGAGGGCAGGCUGGUCCUCACUGACCACGGCUCCUUCGUGCUGCUCAAUGUCUACGUGCCCAACGCGGGCGACCGCCCCGACCGCCCCCGCCUGCCGUACAAGCUGGCCUUCCUGCGGGCGCUACGGAACAAGAUGGACGAGCUGACGGCAGAGGGGCGCAUGGUAAUUGCGGUGGGCGACUUCAAUGUAGCCGCGGAGGCUCGUGACGUGCAUGCCGUACUCAACUUUGACGGGAUGUACGACAGUCGGGAGCUGGCGCUGCUGCGCGGCCUCAUCGCGGCCUACCCGGACGUGUGGCGGCGGCUGCACCCGUACACGCAGGGGACGUACACGGUGUGGGAGGAGAGGACCAGCGCGCGGGCGUUUAAUGCGGGCCUCCGUAUCGACUACGUGCUCGUCAGUCCCGCGCUGCUGCCGUACAUCGCCGCAUGCGACAUCCUGCCCGCCUCCGCCAUCCCGCCCAAGUGGUCCGACCAUGCGGCGCUGCUGCUGAGGCUGAGGGUGCGGCAGGGGGGCCUGCAGCAGCAACAACAACAACAUCUAGGGUUGCCGGGGCAGCAGGGGUCGCAGCAGCCGGAUGCAGCCCCCGGGGUGGCAGAGGCGCAAGGAGGAUUGCAGCAGCAGCAGCAGGCGGAGGAGGACGAGGGCAAAGGGGAGUCCAGGCUAUCGCCGCGGCUAGAGCUGCCGCCACCGCCGCCGGCUCCAUGCGCGAUGUGGGUCGCGACCGAGUCGCGGUUUAUCGAUCGGAACCAAAAGUCCAUUCGGGAUCUCCUGUUCGGCCCUCGACGUCCCUCGAAAACGGACAAUGGCGGCAGUGGCAGUGGCAGCGGCAGCCGAAAGCGUGCUGCCUCUGAAGCUGCCGAUGCUGUUGCUGCUGUGGACGAUGCUGGGGAUAGGGAUGAGGACGAUGAAGGCCGCCAAGCUAAACGGAGGUCGUCUGUAACAGUCUCAGCAGCAACAGUAACGCAGGCAGCAGCGGCCGUACGGCAGCCGGAAGUGGCAGUGGCAGCGGAGGGCGACACUCGCGAGAGCCGUGCCUUGGGGUCGCUAGGGGUUGAGGGUAUGCAUGGGGGCGGAGUGCGGAG